AUGAUUCAUGUCAAAUUCUUUCUGUUCCGAGCCCUAAGGACUGGCAGUAUCUAUAGAAGCAUAGGAUGGCUGAGCAAGGAUACAAAGAAAAUUGAGCACGCCAUGACAACGCGACAGCACGGUGCCGAGAAAUGCCGUUGCUGUCCGUACGGGUUUCAUAUAGACGUCGAUUUUGUUGCAUAUGCUGAAGAUGUACGUAAAGGUGGACAAAAUCGUACGCCUACACUAAGCCGUAAACAUGGCGAUAGGCUAAUGAGCCCAAUGGACAGUAUAUUCAGCGACUCUUUGGAAAAUAUUCUCAGCGAUUUUGAUGAUGCUCUUGGCGUUACACAAGCAACAAAAGUGAAUCGAACAUUGCCCCGAGAAACGACCGCUGAAAGCACAACUUCAAAUCCUCGACGAUUACAAAAUGGCUACGCAUCGGAUUAUACUGGUUAUUACUCAUCGUCAGCUCUGUCGGAGAAAAACAUUCUCGUAAUGAACCACUCCCAUCAACUUUUAGCUGGCCAAGGACCUGAGCGUCGAAUGGACUCAAACUCUGUGUUAAACCCUCGGCCGUUUGCACUAGACCUGAGCGCUCCUCCAAAACCUCCACACCGAGCUAUGACCAAUGGACGAGCAACUCCAUCAAAACAGCCGACAUCAGCUUACACCGCUCUCGGACGUACAAUCACCGAAAUAAAGGCUCGCAACACCGAAUCACCAUUCCCCGAUCGUGAUCUUAGCUCUCGGACUGGAUCCCGUGUAGGAACUCCCAUUGAUCUCGGUGUUCCCGCCCCACAUAAUGGAAACGCUUCCCUAUCCCGACCAAGAACACCACAUCGAAUGGAGCUGGAAAGGGAACAAAAAUUUUAUCCUGAACCAUCGCUGGAACGACCGUAUCAACUACCAAGCACGCCUAAUACGAAUAGUUGGCGUCGAAUACCGAUAGAAGAUAGAAGUGGGACAGAAACAAGAUUAAAUGGUGGAAGCACUGAAUUUGCAAGUCUCAGACGCGGUCGGGAAUAUGCAGUGUCAGACACGGAAUCCCAUCGAGUUCGAUACUAUUCAGCUUCACCGAAAAUGCCAAGAAAAUUGCAAGCGGUUCCACCACUUCCGUCUGCAUCACAGUUCACCUACACGCAUAACAAUGGGAACACGAUGUUAGCAAAAACUCAAGGAACAUCGAUGUCACCGAGACCUGAAGAUGAAAAGCCGCUUCCCACGAAAGAAAUGAUUACGGUAGGAAUGUGGACUGGUCCAUUACCACCAGCAAAACCUUGCGCAGAAUGUGGACCAUUGCGAAAAGAAGUACAAGAGCUGUUGAAGAGACUAGCCAUAGCAGAAGCCAAACCUACCGUAUUCUCAAUCAGCACGGCUACGGAAGAAGUGGAGAAAGUGGACGCAGCAAGCGGACACACACUUCAGUUCUGCUCCACCGCCACCGAGACCCAAACAUUGCAAACCGUCGACAGUGGUGUGGAUGCGCAACGUAUUGAUACGAACAGCACGGAAUGUCAAACCAGUCCUGUGGCUACGAUGGCGGAAGUGGGCGUGGAUACGGAGCCGCCGAUCAUGGUGGAUGCGCUUUUACAAACUGAUGAACAAGCGAGAGCGCACUUCGGUGUGAAUACUGACGAAGUGCAAAAGACAGAAACAGAAACAUCGGAGCAGUCAACUAUUACGGACGAGUUCAAGAAAGCAGCAAGCAUUGAUCGGGAAACUAUGACAACUCGUACGUACUAUAGGAAUAUUCCUGUGCAAACCGAUGCUCCAGAGGUGGAAGAAGCUCAUGAGGUUAUUGUGCCUUCAGAUGGUUUUGCCAAUGCUGCCUCAAGCGAUGCCGAAUGUCAGACGGAAACAGAUUCCAACGUGGAGUCGAUAGCAUCUGACGAUAUCGCUGGAGAUACACCGAGUGUGGAAUGUGCACGUUGUCGACUUCGUGAAGAAACGUUCACACGUAACGUUGGAGUCGGAGCCUGUGCCGUCUCGGACAAGGUCUGCAUUGAAUGUGAUAAGGCCACGCCGGAUGAGGUGGAUGAGAACGAUGCACCCGGUUUCAAGCCCGAAAGAGACGACUCCCGCUCGAAGGAGUUCGAUCAUGCUAGAGCCACAGCCAUAAAGAAAUUGCUCACAUCGGAACAGAAACAACCUUUUGUGAGAGGCAAUGCUGUGUCGAAGAGUGCACGCUUUGAACGAAAGAAGGGCGACGAUUUGGAGUACAUCACGGAGAAGAACAAGUCAGUCUCUUCAUCGCCGUGCGCUCCUGCCACUACACCAUCCGGUGAAACUUCAGAUGCUUUGAAGAACAAAGUUGUGCUUAAAAAGGAAAUCCCUCUACCUCCCUCCACUCUACCAGAUCCCAUCCCUGCAAGGAUACCUCGACCGAAGAUUAGUAAAUACGCUUUACCAGAAGAAAGUGCGGAAACUCCAGAUGAGGAGGAGGAAGCAGCGGAUCGCCUUACUCCCCUGCGCAGUGAGCUGAGAAGUCUUGGAAGGUGGCCUCGUUCAAAUACGCAAGUACCGUAUUCGCCAUAUAAGGCGGGAAGUGAGUCUGACGAAGAUUCAGACGAUUCCGAAGGGAGCUACGAUACUCAUGAAGAUGGCGUAGAUCAUGAAGAUUCUCCUUAUGAAAUCUCAACACCGAUGCGUGAAGCCAUGGAAAGUCUGAACUCGCAUCUCAUUCAACCUGGAACAAUAACUGCAGAAACAGCGGACUGGGCAUUGAAGUAUGUACAGCACGAAUGGCUAAAAUGCGCAGCACGAAAGAAUAGCCAGGCUGAAGCCGUUGAUAUAUUGAUAGAGCAGCUCAGAGAAUUGUCGCCAGCUCUCCUCAAAGUCGUUGUGAACAUAACUGAUCAGAACGGCAACACAGCGCUUCAUUACGCAGUAUCUCACGGCAACUUUGGCGUCGUUUCAUCAUUGCUCGACUCUGGUGAAUGUCAUCUGAACCUGGCGAAUCGAGCUGGCUACUCGGCCGUAAUGUUGGCUGCACUCAGCUCGCUAGAAAAUGACGUUGAAAAAGCGGUCGUGCAACGGCUAUUCGAACUGGGCGACGUUAAUGCACGUGCCACGCAACAUGGACAAACCGCAUUGAUGCUGUCAGUAUCGCAUGGGAAAAAGAAUACCACAGAGUUGUUGCUAGCAUGUGGGGCACAAGUGAACUUGCAGGACGAAGAAGGAUCGACGGCGCUGAUGUGUGCUGCUGAGCAUGGGCAUAAAGAUAUUGUCAAGCUGCUUCUGGCGCAGCCAGGCAUCGAUGCCGCUUUGACAGAUUGUGACAGCUCAACAGCAUUGUCAAUUGCCGUGGAGAAUGGUCAUCGUGACAUUGGCGUCCUCAUCUAUGCUCAUCUUAACUACAGCAGAGCUGAAUCCAUAGAUGAAGCCUGAUCUCAGCUCAGUGAAAUGAGAUGAUUUCGUCUUGCGUGCUAAUCAUCACUACCUCAGUCAGAUUGAUCGACGCUUAGUUUCCAGUUCUUUCAGUUCUUUUAUUCUGUAAUUAGGACUAGAAAGUUAGAAAGUGAAAGCGUUGCAUUUGCAUUGCUGUAUAUUCGUGCAUUCCUUAAUUUGGAUACAAUCAGCUUCGCAGAGAAAUCAAAUAUAUGUAGUAAGAAAACUGCGACUUGCUAAUAGUUACUGCAGUAAGUUGCUGUCGCCUUGGAAGUUGUAGACCAUGAUUUUGUCAACAGAAAGAAAUGUUGUAAAUAUUGAAUUACCCAAUUCUUCCAUUUUUCUCGAAUCAAUUCCACUAGUAUACCAUUGCUCAACUAAUGACAUGCUCCCAUAAAGAAGGAACUAUGAGUAGUAAAUAACAUUCUUUGUAAUUUUUGAUGCAUUUUUUCAUUAUGUUGCCCAUUUUCAUGUGAUCAAGUUUUGACACGGAAUCGUGUACGAGUAAAUGCAUAUGAGAGGACACCCCGAAUGAAAUUUGUUCAUGUAUGAUAUUGAUUGAAAAUAA